GUAUUCCAGCUUCCCUAAACCAGAUGCUUUAAAAGUUUUUCGCACGCGAUGUUUAACAACUGUGGUGCUUUCUGCAGAUUUUUUUUUUUUAAUUAAGCCCAACUUCCGAGGCCAUCAGAAAUUUUCAUUUUGCGGCAUAUUAGGGUAAACGCUAUAGCCAGCCCACUUUGCAAGCAGAUCCCCCCACAAGCCGAGAAUAGAUGCAAGUAUGCAUUUAAAAACUAUUUGGCAGCGGGCAAGCCUUUUCAAUUCAAACUUUUACCAAAAUUGCCAAGUGAGAGGAGAGAUUUUCCAUUACAGUCUUAUCAAGAACUCGGUGUUUUUUUUUUAAAAAAUAAUCAGCGGUAUAAGCAUAAAAUAUGUGAAUUACAAAAUACAAAGUAUCAAGCCAGACAAUCACACUAUACAUAAGCAUAAACUGGCAUGCUGACAUUUGGUUGUUUUUCAUCAAAUGAACAUCGCUAGCUUAACAAGAAUUAAUUCUUUUCCUAACAGGCUUUAGCUACUAAGAUCUUAGUUUUUCAAUCAAUCACUGUGGAGAAAGAAAAGUGACUUCCACGUAAAUAAAACCUGGCGGUAUGAUUUAUAAAAACGAUCUGGAAAAAGAGUUAGUCUCUGCUCCUCCCCAAUGCUUCCGCCGAGUUAAAACUUCGCGCCUCCAAACCGCAAAAUCCGCAGGACAACACAAACUAAGUCUCGGGUCUAUUUGCUGCUUGAAAUAUUAAUUGCAGGACAGUUUGCGAAGAACCCCGUCCCCUCUCUCCAUUUGAAACACACCUCUGUGUACACGGAAUAAGAAUUAAGUUAGAAAGUGUGUUGCCUCCAGUUGUGGGAAAGAAACACGUGAGUACGUUUGGAAAUGAAUAAACGCCAAACGUCAAAGUGCAGCAAUCUGGGAAAAUCCAAAAACCAUCAAAGAAAGAUGAAAAAAGGACUUGUACUUUGCAAAGAAGUGCCAAGUUCUCAGCCUUUAUUUCACACAUUCAGUGAUGCAGUUGAAAUCAGAGACUUCCAGAAGAGACUGCUAUCUUGGUACAAUAAAUGUAAACGAGAUCUGCCAUGGAGGAAACUGGCUGCAACUGAAACUGAUGAUGACAAACGAGCAUAUGCUGUAUGGGUAUCGGAGAUCAUGCUCCAGCAAACCCAAGUGGCUUCAGUGAUUAAUUACUACAAUCGUUGGAUGCAGAAAUGGCCAACCUUGCAGGAUUUAGCUGAAGCUUCAUUAGAGGAAGUAAAUGAACUAUGGGCAGGCCUUGGCUACUAUUCUCGAGGAAAAAGGCUCCAGGAAGGUGCAUAUAAGGUGAUGUCACAACUGGCAGGUCAUAUGCCAAGGACAGCAGAAGAACUGCAGAAGCAGCUGCCAGGAGUAGGGAAGUACACUGCAGGAGCUAUUGCAUCCAUAGCAUUUGGCCAGGUGACAGGAGUGGUAGAUGGAAAUGUGACUCGAGUUUUGUGUCGUACAAGAGCCAUUGGAGCUGACACUGCCAAUUCAGCUGCUGCAGAUGCACUCUGGGCUUUAGCCCACACUCUGGUUGACCAGACCCAUCCAGGUGACUUUAAUCAAGCAAUGAUGGAGUUAGGUGCAACUGUGUGUACUCCCAAGACCCCGUUGUGCAUGGAAUGUCCAGUGAAACAGCACUGCAGAGCUCUCCAUCAAGUGGAAAAGGAUCGGUUAAAUUCCACCAAGAGACCGUUAGGAAAAACUGCUUCUAAAAGCCUCCCUGUGUUAGAUAUGGAGGAAUGUGCUGCUGUCUCAGGGAGCUGUUCCCUCUGCCUGCCUUCCUCAGUACCAUGGGAGCCCAGCCUUGGUGUCACUAAUUUCCCAAGAAAGAUUACCAAGAAGCAGCCCAGAAUAGAACACACAGCCACAUGCGUGCUACAGAGGAGAUGCAGUGAUGGGAAUCCAGAGUACUUUCUUGUGAGGAGGGCCAGCUCAGGUCUGCUAGCUGGAUUGUGGGAGUUUCCUAGCAUCCUCCUUGAACAAGGGCAGGAAAAGCAACAGAAAGUGAUUCUGGCAGAUCACCUCCUAGCCUCGCUUGGCAAUGACUUGGCAGUGAGGCAACUACAGUAUGUCGGAGAGGUUCUCCAUAUCUUCUCCCACAUCCGUCAAACAUAUCUGAUCUAUUUUUUGAAUGUGGACAAAGAUGAGGAAAAUUGGAAUAGGAAUGUGGAACUGCCAGCACCCCGAUGGGUGACCAAAACAGAAUUUCAGAUCUCAGCCAUCUCCACAGCUAUGAAAAAGGUCUUCAAAGUUUAUGAAAAAUGGAGCUGUAGAAUCAACGAUGCCCAAAUUGUGAAGAAGAAGAAACGGGACUCUCGCAGGACCAGCCAAUUAAAGCUUGAAGAACAGAGUAGUUCUUCCAAGAAGCAGCUUUCUUUGCAUUCAUUUUUUAGAGCUGGUCUCAAUAACUGACGGCAAGUUCAGACACAGUAUAGAAAAAACAUGAAGAGGGUAUAUCUUUGCACUCCCAGUUUUCUGGUACAGUAUUUUGAAAUCUGGGUCAAUCAUUUUUUUGAAGGGCUUUUGAAUAGGGUCCUCUAGGGCAGGGGUCUGCACACUUGGCUCUUUUAAGACUUGUGGACUUCAAAGCUGGCUGAGGAACUCCGGGAGUUGAAUUUACAAGUCUUAAAAGAGCCAAAUUUGCAGACCCCUGCUCUAGGGACAUAUGUCUACCCAGUAUGGCUAAUGUGAGAUACAGAAGCAUAGUGCUAUGAUGUUGUCAUUUGAUUUCCUACUAAUUUGCUAAAUGUCUUAUUAAAUAAGCAUUGCUCUUAACCUUGCAUGCCCAACCACAAUUUUGUGCCAAAGGAAACUACCAACUAGCAGAUAUUUUGGGAUAUGGCUCAUUGAAAGAAUGUGGCAAAGCAGGAUAGGAUUAUUUUUUAAAACCAGUUUCUUUUGGGAACAGGUACCUGAAUGAUCAUUGUUUGCCUACACGCUGCUUUGUUCUGCAUGCCAUUUUCCUGUAUGAUCAACUAUUUUAAUGCUUGAAAUGUCUUGUUUUAUAACUGUGGCUUCGCUAAUAAAACCUUAAUCAUUGUUUA